CUCCUCGGUGCCCUGGGGCUGGGGGGCGGGAGUGGGUGGGAGGGGGGUUGGGCGGGGCAGCCCCGGACGCCUGGGUCUCUGCCCCUCCCAUUUGCUGGGCUUCCGUGGCUCCAUCCCCAGGAGGCUGGGCAAGGCUGGCAGAAGAGGGGAAGACUUCAGAGAUGGGAGAACCUCACCAGGCAGAGAAGAGAAAAAGAGCACUGGAGCAGAGCAAAAGGAACAGUGGAAACAAAGGACUGGAGGCAUGAAAGCGAGAGUGUCAGAUUCAAGGCGUUCUGCGCUGGGACUGGCUGGAGAGUUUUCCGUGGAGGGUAGCAACCUAGGAGAGCAUCCCUGGGCAGGCCUUGAAGGGGAGGGCUGGCUGAGGAGGUCUGAGCUCCAAGCAGGAUCAGCAAAGGCUCAGCGAGUCUUAGAUUUUUAAUCCUGCCCCCACCCCUGCCUCUUUUAGUCUGCCCCUCCUACUUCACCCCUGCCUUUCCCUUUACCCAGCCCCCAGCCUGGCCACUCCUGCAGCUAAAUGGACUUCUCUCUCGGCCUACGCUUGGGACCUCGGAACAAGAAACCCACCCACCAACAGCCCCCUCCACCCUCUGGGCACGGCCCACCAGCAGCAGCCUCUCCUUGCCUGUCCUGUCCCCCUUCUGUCUGUUUUUGCCCCUGCCCUAACUGUCCUCCUCCGACCUGCUCCUGCACCGCCUAUCCCUCCUAUGCAGCCCCCUGCCCCUCCUGUCCAAGCCUCCCUGGCCCACCCUGUACUUGCUCCUGCUCUCCCUGCCCUGCCUGCCCUCCCUUGAAUUGUCCAUACAGCUCCUGCAGCUUGUGCACUGGUCCGCACUUGACCUGCGGCCACGGCUCACCUUGCCCAAAUUACCCUUGCUUCAAAGGCCAAGCUGCCUGUCCCAGCUCCUGCCUGGGCUGCAGUGACAACUGUGGCUGUGGCCGAGGGGCUCCUCCAGGCUCCACUGGCCACUGCUUCAGGGGACAACGCACCUCUCAGAGGCACUGUCUGAUAGUCUAGCUGGGCUGUUGCCCCCGCCUCCUGAGAGAUUGUCAGGCUCCUGGAGCCCUUUGGCCAACUGCUUCCUCUGGGGGGAGGCAGAAGUUCUGGAGUGAGGAUAGGGAUCAGCUAAAUACCUUCACCCAGGCAGGUAAAGACAGAAGGCUGCUCAGAGACCCAGCCUCCCCCGCUCAGUACCUGAGAGGCGGUGCAUCCACUUUGAUGUUAGUUUCUGGGUAUGCUCCCCUGGUUCCAGAACAUCCUCUUCUGCCACUUCUGGAAUGGAAAUCGUGCUUCCCAGAGCCUCCAUCAUGGCCGCUGAAGGUCCUACAGGUACCUACACACCAUGCCUGCGUCAUGCCUCUCUCAUUGCUGCAUGAGGUCUAGGACAGUGAAUCCUCCAAUGUCUGUCUGUCCCACACAUGUCCCAAGCACUGGUGUGGGAUAGCCAAAUAGUUCCAAGUGGUGGAGAAAACUUCUCAUUUACUGAAGAAUUCCAGCUAAUAUAAAAGAAAUAUGGAAUUAGAAAAAUCAUUUUGCAACCCUUAAUGAAAUAAUGGAUCAAAGCAAGAAUUAUGAAUGGAUGAAACCAAAGAUGACAGUGGAUGGGGAGCUUUAUAAUGGAAGAAUCAAUCUGUCACCACCCGACCCCACUAAUAGGUCUUACCAUCACUAAAAGGGGCACAACCACCCACCGUCUAACUCUAGAUGUAAUGUAAUCUGAAGUCCUCAGCACCACCCAUGAAAGACUGCUGCCAAACAAAGGAACAAACACACAAAAAAGCUGAAUGUGAUUCAUAUCAAACCUAUAGAACUAACUUCCAUUCAACAGGAAAUAUCAGGGAUGGAGGAACAACAUAAAUGACACAACGAAGAAGUGAGAAGUCACAUCCAGAAUGUGGAAUCUUUUCAACGAAAUCUGACUCAACUUCUUCAACUACUGAAUGGCUGGGGGGAGAGAUAAUAAUAAUAAUAAAUAAUAAUAAUAAAAGGACAACUAUUAUAUGGAACACAUGGACACUGUUUGGUUCCUGAUUUGGACAACCCAACUGUAAAAAGACCAUUUUAGAGUUGGAGCCUUUUAAUUAUGGAUUGUAUAUUUACAAUGCCAAGAAAUCAGUAUUGAUUUUGUUAGAUGUAAAAUGGCUUUGGAGUUAGGUUAUGCAAGGAAAGGGCCUUAUUUCCUGGAGAUACAUGUUGAGGUAUGAGUGAAGUGAACAGAUUUAACUGUUGGAUGAGUGUUACCAGUUAACAUGGGCCGGCACUUUUUAGACUAAUUUAUCUGGAUUCACUUACUUUUAGAUAUUUUGGCAAAUAAAAAAGGACAGAAAGAAGGGAGAAGAAGGAACAAAGUGAAAAAAUUAAUAUUAUUGAAUUAACCAUAUAGAGGUUCAUAGAACUAUACUCUCUACCUUUGUGUAUGUUUGAACAUUUGCAUAAUAAAAGUUUUCAUGAUGCUC